GAUUGUAGGAGAGGAGAGCCCUGCUGAUGCAGCACUGCAUAACUGCCACAGGAUUGCGGGGUGUCAAGUGACAAAAGCAGAUGGCAUUUUAUCACACGUGGAAAGGACAGUCAGACACAGGGGGUGGGAAGGAGGCUGGUAGCUGUGAGAGAGGAGCUGCUGUGUGUGUCAGAGACCUAGCACACAUAGAGACAGAGAGAGAGAGAGAGAGGGGAUUUAUCACCUGAUGAACACAUCUCAUGUACCUCCAACUCCUAGCAUCUGGGACUCUCUCUGGCCUCUCUCCCUUCUGCAGCCCACCAGCUCCUUCUCCUGCUCUCCCAGGCCACAGACGCUCCUUCAGCCCAGGAAACCAGUGAUCAGCCAGUGACGCCUCUGACCUGCAGUGAAACACUCCUGCCAACAUCACUCACACUCACAGAACCCAGAAAUACAAAAAAAAAAGGAACAAAGCAGGAAAAAUAAUUGCACCAAAGCAAGAGGGGCCCAACCUACCAAGCCAGACGUUAGAGGCCAUUCCUUAAAGGCCCAGUCUAUACCCACUCAAGACAUAUUUAUUUCUUAUAUAUAUUUUUUGUACUUUCCAUCCUUGGAUAUUUUUCCUGCAGUGCAUUUUGUUUUACAAAACAGGAACCAUUACGUCUGUCAGUGUGCCCCUCCCUCAGUCCUUUGGGACCCCGGGAAUUCCACCAUCAAAGAUGACCCUGCUGGCCUCAGAGCGCUCCAUGCUCAUCAGGAGCAAGUUCCGCUCAGUGCUUCAGCUGAGAAUGCAGCACCGGCGAUCUCAAGAACAAAUGUCUGAGCGCAACCUGAUCCCAUCCCCAGUGGUCAAAAAAACACCUGCACCUUUCCCAGAACAAAAUGGAAAUUUGGGACAAAACAAAGUUGAAGACUUCAUGAAAAUCAAGGGCCAGAACAAGCUCCACAAAGUGGCAGCUUUGAAGAUGCAUUUUCCUGAAGAUGCACUAGUUGAGUCUGAUGAACUUAAAGAGAAAAAAGCUCGCUUGGCUGAAGAUCUGAAUGAAAAGAUCCUUCAUCGACCUGGACCUUUAGAACUAGUGAAGAAGAAUAUACUUCCACUAGCUACUGGCAUGAAGGAAGGAAUGAAGGACCAGCUCCAGAUCUCACCAUCCUCCGAUGCAUUUUCAUUUGAGGACGACAUCAGCAGCUCCUGCUCAUCUUCUACUUCUUCGUCACCUCGCUUUGCACCUUCCCCGGGUCUCUCAUUGAAUCUUUCCCCAACAUCUACCAACACCGUGUUCCAGCUGGAUCUUCCCCAAAUAAUUGAGGUCAACCAGCCAAAUGUGAGAACAGUAACGGAGGCUGAGACUUUGGUGACCAGUAGGCCAGCCACCCAUAACCCCACCCAGGCUUCAUCCACUGUACCCAAGGUCACGGUUAAGCCUUCUGAUGUGGGAAAGAUCCAAAGGCCAAAAAAGCCCAAAGAUACCAAGCCAAAGGUAAAGAAGUUAAAGUAUCACCAAUACAUUCCACCGGAUCAGAAGACAGAGAAGGCACCUGUAGCCAUGGAUGCGGCCUAUUCCCGAUUGCUGCAACAGCAACAGAUCUUCUUACAACUGCAAAUACUCAACCAACAGCAAAACCCAACUUUUUGUGUCCAAACAGUGCACCCCCUAACCACAAGCAUCCCAGCGGAUCAAGUGAUUAGUUUCACAGGAGCACCACCAUCCAGUGCCCCAGCCAUAAAUCUCUCACCGGCACCAGGUACAGCAGCUGUAACAACUGCCCCUACUUCAACGGUGCCAUCACCUAUGAAAACAGAGAUGCUACCAGCAAACAUUGAUGACCUAACAGUAUCAGAACUCCGUCAGCAUUUACGCAAGCGAGGGCUUCCAGUCUCAGGUACAAAGCCAUCCUUACUGGAAAGAUUAAGGCCCUAUCAAAUCCCCCGUGCAAAGACCAUUCCAGCCCCAAUUCAAAGCGCAGGUUUGAUGACACCUAUCAUUGAACUGUCGGCAUUUCCAAAACAGUCAGUAUGUGACAGCACUGUUCCCACUCUUUGCACCUUUCAAACGGUACCAUCUCCACCCUCUGGUGAGGUCCCUCAGGAGACCUCAGAGACAGCCUGUAGUAUGCCAGAGAGCACUGAAAUGCCUGCGACAGUACAAGAUAAGGACACACCCAUGCAAGAUAUUGAGGAUGACCAUGUUCUUAUGGAAAAGCAGAAGGUGAUUGAGAACUUGACUUGGAAAUUAAAGCAGGAACAAAAGCAGGCUGAAGACCUUAGAGUCGAACUUGAAAUGCACAAGCGAUUAAAAAACAGGCACAAGAAAGAAAAAUUAAUCUCCAGAGUACACAUUAAACAAGAGGUUGAUAGAACUUCUCCAACGUCCUGCUGUGCAAAAGCACAGACUGAAGAGACACCGUUUUUAUACACUAUCAGCAAUGACAGAACAGAACUGAAACCACCUAUUCAGGAACCACAAAUAAACGCAAAUCUAAAUGAAACUUAUAUGGUUUUCUGCCCUCCUUCCUGUGACUUAAUAGGGCAAGAUUUUGAGCUCCCCAUGCAGAUUACAGCAAGCCCAGAAAGCCCAGUUCAGAAGCCACGUUCUUUUGAAGAGGAGUUACAGGAAGCCAUUCAGAAGGCCCAGAUGGCCCUCUGUGAGUCCAUUGAGGACAUACUGGAGGAGGAGGAGCAUCUCAUGUGCACAGAUGAAUUAAUGCACAUAGAUCCAGUUUCCAACAUGAUAGAGCACCACAGUUCAGCAGCCCUCGUACCUCAACAUGGACAUUUUUCAAAGCCACUUUACUGCUGCAGUGAUGCACCUCCAGUGGCUUCAACUAUUGUCUCCUCGAGUAUUCUUGAAUUCCCUGUUUCUGGGCACUACGACCUUCUCUCUGGUCAGGAUAAUCUAUCUGUUAUAUUUGCUCCUGAUCAGAUUGAGAUACCUUCUUCACCAGAGCACCACGAACAUGAUUUGUCACCUUCCCCUUCAUCUACAUCUUCAUCUUCUGCUCCCUUUGACCCAGCAGAUUGGCUGGAAGCUUUGACCUCAGGAUCAGCUUCCAACUUUGGACCUGGCAGUCCUGUUGGUUCAAGUAUAUUCUCUACUGACAUUUUUGACUCUCCAGAUUUAAGUAUUAACAGAAUGAUUGAUUUAAUGGUAGAGCAGUGGUAAAACUGAGGACAAAGGAAACACAUCCAAAAAUAUCACCCCCAAUGCAAUAACCAGCAUGAAAGGAAGAUAAUCUUUCUUUCUGAGGAAAGCUUUUGCUAGCUGGGGAUAAAAAAAAGGUGCAAUAUGCUGCUGAAUCCCAUAACACAUCGUAGGUUGGAUUGUGAAGGAGAUGACCACAGAUGCUGCACUGCCUUUGCUCUGAUACAGAACAUAGCUUGUUGAGAGUGGAUUCACCUCUUAAUAAAUGUAAUUUCUUAACAAAGGAAGUAUGUUUUGGAAAAGAAUCUGUGCAACCAGGAAAAGUGCCUAAUCUCUUCUUGUUAUGCAGUAUGUACAAACAAAAUAACGCCAUUCAUUGUGUUCCAUUUUAAUUUAAAUUUCUGCAAGAUAAACCUACCCCCUCCUCCUGCUAUAUGAAACCCAGUUGUAUCCAAAGACUUGAGUUCGGUAGGCACUUUUAGCAAAUAUAAACUGUUUUUAAAAUACAAAUAUAUUUAUUGGAUUUAAAAUUCUUAAAGAGGUUUGUUCGGAUUCUCAAUGUCAUCGCUCCUCUGCCAUCAACUCCAUAUUAAUGGUAGGCCCCCAACACUUGGGAUGCUCUAUUAGGGGAAUGUAUUAAAAGUUGUCAAUGCAAAACUAAUUUGCAAAAUAAGAACAGUAAUUGCCAUUUUCUUAAGUAGCAAUGUUCAUUACUUAUUGCACUGCAUUUUUAUGAUGUGCUUGAAGGUGGCUUAUGUUUUUGGAGGAUAUGUAAUUUUUGGUUUUUUUUCAGAAAAAAGAGUUAUUACAUACACUACAGCCUAGUUCAAACUAUAACAUUUGCAAUCUUCUUCUCCCUGAUGGAUGGGACACUACAUACAUUUGAGGGUUCAUAAUUUCAUAUUCACAUUACACAUAUUGAAUUUUAUUACAUUCCCCCACCAUAUAUGUCUUAGUAACCCAGCAUUACAAAUGUUUUGUGUGGUAGAGGAUCAGUUAAUUCUGUAUCAGACAUGGUCAGAGCUGUCUUUGGGGGGUACUGCACCACUUUUUCUGGGGCAUCACUAAACAGUAACUGUAUUUGCCCCACAGAUUAUUUCUUUUAUAAGAAGGAGCUACAAUUAUAUGAUAGCAUACUGAGUAAGCCAAGGGCUGAAGGUAAUUUUGGCCAGCAUGCUAGCAUGCUAUCAACACUUAGGGCAGCCCUAGCCAUGACUACAAGGCAUACCAUUAGUGUUAAUAUUUCUAUGCAGAUAUACAAUGCAAAGUUUUUAAAAAAUUUGGUGAAACCUGCUUCAAAAUGUGACAGGUGCACUAUAUAAUUUAUUUAAUGAUGGUUCUACACUGUAGUUUGGUAAAGUCUACUCCCCGGGUUAUAGAUAGGAUUAUAUCCCCAACCAAAUUAUUUCUGUGAAUAGUAUGACACUAUAGCUACCAAGCACAUUCCGGAUGCAAACACCUCAAUAUUAAAUGGAUCUCCUUAACGCCUGUAAUUUAAGAUGGCCAUGCACCCUAAGACCAUUCCUCUACCAAGGUCUUAAAGAGAGGAUCUCUGCCUGAUUUGGUCACCCAUGUGCUGAGCUGAAUGUGGCUGAUCCCAUUGUUAGCCCAUUUUUUAUAUUUUUAGAACAACAUUUCUAAAGAUGGGAUGACUCUGUAAUACAAAAAAUCAUUGAUAUAUUAUACCGCCUUCUAGGGGAAAUAUAAUACCACAUUUAUCAUUUGUAAAUCGAUUGAUGUUUUCUAUGGCAAAGCAAGGGGAUGUCCAUUUCUGAUAAAUUUGUCCUUAAAAUGUUAUUGUUUAGUAAAUACAAAUCAAGAAGAAGGUAAAUAAAAACAAACAUCUGAAUAAGACUAUUGUUGCAGAGAAACCAAUAAUGAAAUAUAUAUUAUCACAUACUGUACAAUGAAAUAAUUGCCACUAUUCCAUUGA